AUGCGGAUAAAAUUCUCUAUGAGUCAAAACGUGAUUCAUGUGGACUCUGAGCUGUGGAGAUUCCGGGAGCAAGUGGACUCAACCGAGACAUUGCGGAAUCGACUGGGACAGGCGAUUCGUUUCACCCUGGGCUUCUGCCUCGUGAUCGGAGGGAUUUCCUUGCCCCAUGUGAGUGGGUGGGAACGAGAGGCAAUAUUGGAUCCAUUGGGCAAGGUGCACUUGGCAUGGACGCCUCAUCUCGAAACCAAGGUCAUCGAGUUUGAAUACACCGUCCAGACACUGGGAUGGGUGGGAUUGGGAUUCUCUCCUACGGGAGGGAUGCGAGAUUCCGACGUCAUCACGGCUUGGAUCAAGGAUGGACGAGUCUUCUUCGAUGAUAGACACGUACCCGUGGACCAUGAACUUCCGAGAGUAGACGAUGUGCCCAAUUACAAUCUGAUUUCUGCUGUGGAAACAGACACAGCGACCAUCAUUCGAUUCACGAGGGAAUUCGACACCUGCGACCUCGAACAAGACUUCCACAUCACGGGAGAUACGGUGAAAGUGAUAUAUGCUUACGGGGAUACAGAUCCAGAGGGAAUGGAUCCAUUUUAUCACGGAAGUGACAAUAGGGGAACAAAAUCCUUGUAUCUACUCGACCCGCCACUAGGUGAUAUCCCCGAUGAUCCGUCGAUCAAGGAAUGGAUCGUGAGCAGCGAAAUGGUUAUUCCGACAUUGGAUACCACUUACUGGUGCACCAUCCAAAAGACACCCGUAGUAGACGUCACGCACCACAUCAUCGGCUACAAGCCGUACGUGAAACCGGGGAACGAGAAGUACGUGCAUCACUUGCUCCUGUACGCCUGCAGCAUCCCUGAUGAGCUGGUGGACGUGUUCAACUCGUGGGCGGAGCAUGACGGGGUCCUGUGCUACGGUCCCGAUCACCCACAGGAAUGGAAUCACUGUCGAAGCGUCCUCAUCGCGUGGGCCGUCGGCGGUGAGGGGGAGACGUAUCCAGAAAACGUGGGAUACGUUCUCCCUGAAGGCGGAAUGUUCUUCAUGAUGGAAAUGCAUUACGAUAAUCCUGAAGGGGUGUCAGGCAUCCAGGAUGAUUCCGGCCUCACCGUCUACUACACGGACGUCCUUCGACCCCUGGAGAUGGCAACCCUGGGAGUCGGCUCCAGCCUCCAUCCCGCAUCGAUAACCCCCGGAAGACAAAGCCAUUUCAUGAAUGUCGGCCUCUGUAACUUCAAGUGUACCGAAAUCGCCUUCCCACCUGAAGGGAUUCACAUCUUCUCCGGCUUUCUCCAUUCUCAUUUGCUCGGUGAGUCUCUUCGAGAAUUCCCAAACCAUUCUCCAUUAGUAAACAUGGCACCUUCGGAGAAUUCUACGGAAAUCCACUACUUAAAUACGGGAAGGAGAAUGCGAGUUCGGCUGUUCCGAAACGGCGAGGAAUUGCCCUGGCUGCAAAAUGACAACAAUUAUGACUUCGAUUAUCAACAGGUCCGAGUCUUUCGGGAACACAUCACCCUUUAUCCUGGAGAUCAACUCAUCAUGGAAUGCGACUAUGAUUCGUCGAAUCGGGAUUCGGUGACCGUGAGUGGUUUCGGAACAACGGAAGAGAUGGAUGGAGGCUAUGAAUACAUGGUGUCGGAGGACCAGACCCUGGUGGACUAUCUGAACGAGUUUGACUGGUCGGGCGUCGACAUGGAAGGCUUUCAACAUCUCAUGCGUUACGAUCCUCAUUAUACGCGAUGCUUCAACAAUCAGGGGGAACUCCUCCCAUGGAAUCAGACGACGAGCUAUCCCGGAGGCGUGGACUCCUGGAUGCCUCCCGGACGAGAAUGUCCCUCUGGCAAAUGA